AUGAUUGUUCAAAAGAAGAUCAAACGAUUAAGACAUAAUCCUGGAUAGAUAUUAUAUGGCAUAUUAUAAUCACAAACAGUAUUUAUGACAAUUUCAUAUUAUAGAUUUUAAGUAUGUUUAUGAUUUUUAGUCAAUUUUAUGUUGUGGGUGAGUAAGAGCAUUCAAAAUAUACAAUUGUAAUUACUGAGACUGGUUGUAGUUUGAUUGCUGUACCAUCCUUAAUUGCAUCAAUGUUAUAUGUAUUAUUAAACAUCUUAUUAAUUGCUAAUCUAUAUUGUUAAAUUUAUGUAAAGAAUUACAAUAGUUUUAAUUUGAAAGAAGAAUUCAUGUUAGGCUUAACAUUAAUAAUAAUUAUAUCUAUUUUAUUGGUUUUGAUAAGCCAAGAUUUAGGUGUUAGGUAUUUUUUAUAAAGUGACAAGUAUUUUAGGAGAUUGCAAUUUAGAAUCUGAGAAUGUGUUUUCUGUUUUUUUAGUCUACUUAAGAGGCAUUUUGAUGAUAAUUUUAUCAAUAAUAUUGAUAAAAUUAUAAAGAAAUUCACCUGAAAUAUUGUAAACAGAAAUAUAUAAGACGACUAUGGAUAAAUUUAUUAGGAAAUACUUACAUACCUAUAUUAAAGUGAAUGUAAGUUAUGCUUGGCUAUUUAUAAUAUCAAGAUUGUUAAUUGUAUUCUAUUGUUUUAAUAAUAAUAGCCAAUAAUUUUGAAUUAUAAUUAAAAUUAGGAAUAAUUAAUUAUGAUAUUGUCAAUUAGUUAAGGAGCUAUAACUAUGAUCAUGACAUUUAUUAGAUUACAUGAGCCAAUUAUGCAUCGACAUGUAAAGUAUUUGUUUAGACCUAAAACUUGUGUGUUAUAAGAGAGACUGCUUGAUAAAAAGAAUGAGCAACGUGAGGAUUCUAAAUGUUAUCAGAAUAUUACUAUUUAAACAUAAGGACAAGAUAUUAUUGGAAUUAAAUUGUAUCAAUAAUAAAAUAAUAACUAAUUUAUAUAAUCCUAAGAAAAAUAAGAUAUUAUAAAUUAAAGGCCUUUAGAAUCUACACUUAUUUAACAAAUUGAGAUAUAAAAUGUUAUAGAACAUAAGGGACAUAAUGAAUUAUUAUUGUUAUUAUAAGCAAGUUAUGAGAUGUUAGAAGAUUUUUAAUAUUGUUAAAAUAGUGAUAUGACUUAUUACUAAUUCAAUAAAAUUUAAUAACGUUUAAUUCCAAUAAAAUAUAAUAAUAAUGAUAUAUUAAUAACAACUUAUGGUUAAGAUAUUUUAAGUUUUAAAUUAAGGGAAUAUUUUGGAAUAAAUUUAAAACAAAUAAAAAAUUCUUUAAAUAUUUCUCUUAAUAUUGAUAAUUUAAGAUCAUAAUAAUUACCUUAAGAAGGUACUCUAUUUAUUACUCAUGACAAUAUGAUUUCUAUAGAAUUUAUUACUAGAGAUUAAAAGAGAUAAUUAACAAAAGGAGGUGGAAUAUAAUUAUUAUGGUAAAGAUUCGAUUAAGAAUUUAUGUGUACUCUUGGUAUAUUUUUACCAGUAAUAUUUGGUAUACAUUCAUAUUGUUUAAAUGAUAAUUAUUAUACUUUAGUUUUUAAAUUAAAUAGGUUAAAAAUAUAAUAUCCAUUAUUAGAUGAAUUAUGGUCUAAUUAAAUAAUUCUAAAUAAUUUAAUUAAUUAAAAUAUAAUUGGAUGGAUAACAAUUGAAAAUGGAAUUUAUAAUAAAAGAUUUUUAGCUUAAGAAGUAAAAGAUGUGAAAUAUGAUAUUACAUUUGAUAAAAAUGAUUAUUUAUUAGAUGAAAAUGAUAAAAUAUCUUUAAUAGAUAUGAUUAGACGUGAUUAUGUAAGUAUGUAAUAAAUGAAAUGUUCUUUUACAUUGUAAUUUGUAUUUACAAAACACACAUCUGAAAGAUUAAAUAGUAUGGCAGGAAAAGAGAAAUAAUUUGAUUAAGAUUAAUCAAUAGCAAUUAAAAAUAAAAAGAAAACCAAAAAUUUGAUUGGUAACAUAGCUUCUUUCGAAUUAAAGACUAAUUUGGGUUUUGUCUAAGUAUUUUGGGAUGAUUGUUGGAAAUAUUACUAAUCUGAUAUUGAAAAACUUAUAUAAGUUAUUAAUGAUAAAUUCUGA